UAGUUGAUGAAUAGCAUCAUGUGCAUCAUCCCAUUGGUAAGGUGAGUGUCAUGUGACUGCACUGGCUCCUGGUGUCGUCUAUAGUCAGUAUACAGCUGGCCCAGAUCCAAGCAUUGUUUAACUUGAUGAAAGUCAUCAGUAGGACAACACCAUCGUUGGGUGAGGAACUUUGUGACUUUUUGAGGAGACUUUUUGUAUCGGCAGACUCUCCAUCGAAACAUAAAGUUUGUGACUUGCAUCUCGGUCUUAGUUUGCUCAUUGACAUCGUGACGAGGAGUAUUUUGUAAAAAAAAGGGUCGUCAUGGAGGUUGAUACAAAAGUUCAGGAUACUUUGAAUGCUAUCUGGGGCGCCAUCGCUGCCUUGAACCGAAGAGUGGAUACGUUGGAGGAUAAGAUCAAGAGGAAAGAGGAGCAAAAUAGUGAAAGUCCGGCAGCAGCCGAAGAGACCAAGACAGAGGAACCUGCUGCUGUAGCCUCCACUCCAGCAGAGACUAAAGGCACUACUGAAGAAAGUAAAGACACAACUCCAGCUGAAUCCACAUUAGCCACUGGCGAAGAGACUAGGCAAACAGAGGAACCGGCCGCAGCUGAAACACAGUCUGAAGUAGAACCCCCCAAAACAGAAUCAACAGAGGCCCCUGAGCCAGUAGAAAGCACAGAAAAUGUAGCCCCUGAACCAGUAGAAAGCAAAGAAGUGGCUCCUGAACCAGCGGAAAGCAAAGAAGAGGCUGCUCCUGAACCUGUAGAAAGCAAAGAAGUGGUGACCCCUGAACCUGUAGAAAGCAAAGAAGAGGUGGCCCCUGAACCAGUAGUAGAAAACAAAGAAGAGGUUGCCCCUGAACCAGUAGAAACAAAAGCAGACGUGGCCCCUGAACCUGUAGAAAACAAACAAGAAGCAGCUCCUGAACCAGUAGAAAGCAAGGAAGAGGCAGCCCCUGUACCAAUAGAGGUGGCCCCUGAACCAGUGGAAAGCAAAGAAGAAUUGGCCCCUGAACCAGAACCAGUAGAAACCAAAGAAGAGGUGGCCCCUGAACCAGUAGAAAGCAAGGAAGAGGCAGCCCCUGUACCAAUAGAGGUGGCCCCUGAACCAGUGGAAAGCAAAGAAGAAUUGGCCCCUGAACCAGAACCAGUAGAAACCAAAGAAGAGGUGGCCCCUGAACCAGCAGAAAGCAAGGUUGAAGCAGCCCCAGAACCUGAAGAGAACAGACAAGAGGAUGCAGCACCACAAGAAGAGAAGGCGAUAGAGAGUCCUGAGGUAGCACCUGCACCAGAAGAAGUUAAAACAGAAGAGGUCCAAGAAACACCACAAGAACCAGCCGAAGUGCAAUCUGAGCCAGAAGCCAGCAAAACAGUAGAUGAACAAACCCCAGAACAAGCUGACGAGUCCUUGACAGUUACUGAGCCCAAGGAGGAACCAGUAGCGGCUGCAGCGGAGACUACAGACACAACACAAGAAGAGAAACCAGAAGUUGAAGCCGCCCCUGUUGAGCCAUCACCAGCUAGUGAACCUGAAGCUGUCAAAGAAGAGAAACCCGAAGCUGAAGCCGCCCCCGUUGAGUCGUCUCCAGCUAGUGAACCUGAAGCUGUCAAAGAAGAGAAACCAGAAGUUGAAGCCGCCCCUGUUGAGCCAUCACCAGCUAGCGAACCUGAAGCUGUCAAAGAAGAACCCAAGGAUGAAACACCAGCACCAGAGGCCCAGGUGAAAACAGAGAGCCCAGCCGAGGUCGAGCCGGAGACUGAAACCAAGACACCCGAGGAGGUCACAGCUGCUGCUGAUGAAACCAAGGAAGAGGAGGUGGCAAAGGAAGAGGAGGCAGUAGAGCCGACACCCGCUGCUGAUGAUGUAGCCCCAGCUGCUGAGGAGACGCCGGCUGAGGCUGCACCAGAAGAAACACCUGCUGAACCCAGCCCACCAGCUGAGGAGCCUAAGACAGAGGAGCCCGAAGUAGACGCUGCUGGAGAUGCACCAGCAGCAGCCGAGCCUGAGGCAGAGGUUACCAAUGGCAUCGGACCCGGUGGUGAUGAGGCUGCUGAAGAGGAAACCAAGGCAGAGGAAAGCAGUUCUUUGAAACAGGAGGUGGCUGCAGCUGCAGCAGAGACCAACGGCACCGAUGUAGUAGAGGUCGCAGAGUAAAUGUUUCGAUCAGCAUUUUAUAAAUUUUAAAAAGUUCUCUGAUGAAUCAAACAGGUACUUGAAGCUGAGUUAACGCAAGCAUGCACCAACUACAUGUACAAAAUUGUAAACAGUACUUCCCUCUUCCCCUGUGAUGGAGAAACUCCCAAUAUGGAACAGUGUAAUUGCUGAAGAAGAAGAAAAAUAAAGUUAUGUUGUAAUGGGUUUUGACUGGUUUGGGAGCGAGGAAAUUUAAGCGGUGAAUUUGUCUUACUGCUGUUUAUUUCUGUUGCCACUUGUUUAGUUACUGAGCUUGGAUUUGGUCGGUUGAGUCAAGAUGACAACAGUCAUUUAUGUAGAUGUAGGUAUCCCUGUCCCCUACAGUAUAUCUAAAUGCUGCUCUGUACAAUAAGCAUGUAAAGCCAAUGUCCGUUUUCAUAUUAUAUGAACAAGGGGGAAUGGGGUUGUUGAAUCUUUGAUCUCUAGUGUAAAUGCAAUCAGGCUGGAUUCUUUGUUUUUUGUAAGCGCCAGAAUAUUUCAAGGGACUUAAAGGCAAUGGCCAGGGGGCAUGGAGGCAAUUGCCUCUGUGAAGCUCUAGUAACAUUUAAACAUGCCAACAGUUCUGUACUCCAGUAUUUUAAAAUCUGUUUAGCCAAACAAAGCCUACAUGAAUACAAAGUUUGGAUCUUUGUAUGCUUCGGUAGAAAUGAGCAUAAACUUCAUCUUGAGAACAGGGAAACUGACAUAAUAUAUACUUAUUUAUGCUUAUUUACACAUUGUGGGACGGAACCAAACUUUUCCUUGCUGGUCAUUCGGUGAAAUGAAUAGUUGUUUACCUUUGCAGUACAUACAGCGUUGAAACUUAAUGUUCCGAUGAGCGACUGCUACACGUACAAAUUAUUUGGUUUACUAUCAGUCAUGUUUAACUGUACAUACCUUGCAUGAGAUAAAUUAAUCGACUCAAUUUGGUAAGGAUAUAAAACCAAGUUUGUACUCUAAUGUAAAAUACAGAACUUCCACUAAAAUCUCUUAGAGAGUUUGAUUCAAACCUUGUUCACACACAAAUGAAGUUAGAACGGGUCUAGUUUCCUAAGGGCCAUGUCGGACGAGGCAAUUUACAGGCAACCUGUUCCAGGCAAUAUCAAAGAAGAGAAUCUAUUUACAUUUAUAUUUACUCCUGUGCUACCCAAGUGGUCCUGUAGCAUGCACUGCAGUUGCCUGUAAAAUUUGCCUUGUGUGUGACAAGGCCCUUAUAUGUACAGUUAAAGUAUGCAUUAAUAUGUAGAAAUUUCUAUUGACCCCAUGCACCAGUGACACAUGAUUGUCUGCUAGGCUCACCAUUUUGGGAGUUCAGUUGGUCGUAAAAAUAGGGUUAGCGUACUCUGCUCGUCCUGAAAUGAGCACAUACUGUAUAACACACAAGGACAUUAAGGCCCUUAAUAGGGCAACCAAGGUUAUUAUAGACCUUUAUCAUGGUGCAGCCAUCUUGACUUUGUCCCAAUGAUAUCAAUGUAGCCAAACCGAGGCUGGAAGAACAAAAUAGUCUGGUUCCAAAAUGAUUAUUAGCGUUCAUUAUUGUUAUUUGAUACAAGGAACAUGACCAAGAAGGAGACGGCAUGAUAAGGGUCUAAAAUGGUGUAUUGGGCCAAUAGUGCAGCAAACACAUAAUUGAGUUUACACUCGCAACUCAGCAUUAAGUCAUUUACUCUUAAUUAUCUUAGAAAGAUUUAUAACAAGUAAAACUAGUAUAGUUAAUUACAAUUUUGUUUAUUUAUCCUCACAUUACCAGUGCCUUCCAAAUCAUCAUAUAAACUUCUUUUGUAAUGAGAUUCUUUUAACGAGCUGAAUAUUAAUGGUAUUAAUGCUAAAAAUAGAGGUGAUUGAAGCCGUCCACAGUCGGGCUAUUUGAACGGUUUAGUUAUGCAAUUAGUUCUAAUAAAGUUGGCAAUCAAUUAAAUUGUUGCAUGACAAGUUGCAAUAUUUCUUCAUCACCUCAGAGAAUUGCAAACACCUGGUACCUCAACCUUUUCCAAGGGUUUACAUCCAAAUUUGACUUCUUUAAUUUGAAUGGUGUAGUUGUUGCAAAUUCUGAGUGAAGCAAUGAGACAAAUAAUUUGCUAUAGGUUUAGCUUCUUUUUUUUUAAAUGAACAUGUUGCAUGUUUGUAAAACGGAAACAGGAAUCUCAGCUGAGCAUUUCUUUUAGCAGUGGAUGAGGUUUGGGUUUAGUAAUGGCAAAGUUACAGCCAUAUCGAACAAGGGAAAGAGAACAAAAUUAUAUUCAUGAACAAAUGAAAGUUAUGGGCACAGUGCAACACUGAUUAAUGUUCAUGCAAUUUGGAACAAAUAUUUGUUUAUAAAUUUUGUUUAGCCUUCAAGAAAGACUCUGCGAGGGUCGUAACGUCAAGCCAUUAUCUAUUUUUUGCAUGUAAUUAAUGAACUUUAUACAUGUAGUACUAGUAUUUCACAUAUUGUUUUUCAUGACUUUUUGUUUAUGAAAAAAAAGUAACCAUCAUAAUUUUUGCAAUCAUUCACGAAUAACGUUAAGUAGUUUGUAAUUUUAUUGCUGUUGCAUCGAACAAAUCAAUUCUUUAUUUAAGCCUUCGUCUCUGUAGUAGGAUUUCUUUUAUUUAAAGAUACUCAAAUAUUUGAACCUUUAAUGUAUAAAAUAUUGAUUGUGACUUAAAGAUUGUGUGCUAAAGAAACUAAUCCUUAUUUAAAACUAAACAACCAGGGAUAUGAUAAUGUUUUUUGCACCUGUCCAAAUUCUUUAAUAAUUGAUGAUGUAUACAUUAAUGUUAAUUUGUAAAUUCUGCCGAGGCUUAAUACAUGAAACAAUGUUUAGAUGGGUUUGUGUAUCCACUGUGCCUUUGUGUGCAUUAUUUGUAAAACACUCUAAAAUAGAAAAUUACAUUUAAUUUGCAAAAACCUUGAACUUCUUAACUUUUGAAUCUUCCUGAAAAGAACCUGUGGAUAGAAGUGUAUCCCUCCCUCAUGCCUAACAUGGAAUCACUCAAAUCCUUGUGUUGCAGUUUAAUGGGCUAUGUUGCUAGGGUUAAUAGAACUAACAAGACGGGGGACAAAUAUUAGAAGUAUGUCCAAACUUCAUAAUUUGAUCAAGACUUCCUAUUAAGGAUGACAAUUUUCAUGAACUUAUAUAUAAUUUAAAUUAUAAAUCUUUCAAUUGAUACAGUUUAGAGCUAAAGUUUAAUCAUUCAAAUACCCAUGGCUACCGAUUUUGUCAUUAUCAACCAUGAAACGAUUUUGAAUUGCUGGUUUCACAAUUUUACACACAGUCUACUUUAGUGUAUAAAAUUCAUGUACCAAAAAAUCCACUUCUUUGAAACUCUCAGAGAUGGUCGUGCAAUGCGUUAACCCUUCACACACUAGUGUCACCUGAUCUUGUUGGAUUCAGUACAUCAUGCUAUUUGUUCUCGUGUAGUAUAGAAUUGCCAUCCUCAACAAUUUUUCUGAAUUUUGUUGUUAGGAUUCCCUUUUUUUGAAUCAAUUUAGAAGAAGAAAAAUUCCCAAAUGAAAAGCACUACAACAUUGGCAAUUUUGAUGUACAGAAAAAAAGAUUGGCCUACAGCACAGUUAAACACAACCAGGGUCUGAUUUCAUAGCAUUGCUUAGCACUUAAUUAAAUGCUUACCAGAAUAAGACUACCAGCUAAAAUACCUUGGCAGUUAUUCGAUCUGUGACUGGUAUCCUACAUAAUUUUGCUAAGCGUUAAAUUUGUAUGCUGUAUUUUCUGCUUAAGCAGCUCCAUGAAAUUGGGCCCUGAUGCUUGACAAUAGAGUGGGCGAGGUAACAAACAAUUUGUUGAAUUGAGUUCUCACUGAAGGUUCUGAUGAGGCAUAUUCCUCGUUAUAAUGCCAAAGACAAAUUCAAUUGUUUGUACACAGUACUGGACAAAAUGUAAUUGUACUGACUUUACACCCCCAAAAAAAUGAAAUUCUAAAAUAAACACCACUUGGGUAAGAGAAUAAAUUGAACUUAUUUGAUUCCCCCCACUUUGAGAUUCGUGAUGAAUAAAAUUGAAUGUGAAAAUGUACUCUGAAUAAUCUUUAGUCUUGCCACUAAUAGUAGAUCACAUUUUUAUGUUGAUAAGUUAAUUAAACCAUGUAAUAAGUCAUUACAAUUAUUUAUUUGUGUUUAUUCUUUUUGCAUGUUCUGUUUUUAAGCUUCAUUUGAGCUUUGUACUAGGAUUCUUUUGUUUAUAAAAUUGGGUAGUUCAAGUAGAAUGUAGCCAGUUGAAUUUUUGUAUGCACUAAAAUUCAUCAGCUAAUUGCAUAUUGAGAAAAAUUCUUAUGAGGUAAAAAAAAAGGCCACCUUUCAUGAUGUAUGCAUGAUUUGAUUUGAGAAAUACAUAAAUUGAGUACUAACAUGGCUAAAGAACAAUUGUGGUUUAUGAAUGUAAUUUAUUGGACAUUGGAACGGUUGCAGGGUUUUUAAAACAUCAGAUGAAUUGAAAUGUAAAAUUAAGACAGCACCUUCAUGUAUUGUAGAAUGUAAAGCCACACUACUGUAAAAGAAAAAAGGGGAAAAAAAGAUGUGUCCUGGCCUUGAACCCACUAUGUAUUAUCCAAUUUGUCUUCUUGAAAAGGAAAACAAAUUCAAGGUCAAGCAUUUACAAUAUAAAUUGGAAAUUAAACGCACCACACUAAACACUGUCAGUGUUGCCCCUUCAUGAUUUUGUUGUGGAUAAUUAAAUUUGAAGAGUAAUUAAAUUUGAAGAAUAAAGGUUGCCUUCUAAGCAUCCUGGAGAAUAUA